AUGGACGACACGCGCACCAAGUUUCCCGUGAACCCCGAGGAUUUCGAUGCGGACGAGCGCAUCUCCUGGUCCAAGAUCGACAACAAGUUCAUCUUGGAGGAGGCCAACGGCAACGAGUGGGAGUUUGACGAGAAGCUGAAGAGAUGGGUCCCAACGGUGGACAAGGAUCUCUUGGAGCAGCAGGGCAAGGCCUACCAGGUCGCUGGCGUCGACGAGGCUGAAGAUGCCAGAGAGCAAUUCAAAGCCAAGAAGAGGAAGAAGAACGGCGACGACGACGAGGGCAAGCCCCCGGCGAAGAAACGCGAGGGUGGCGGCAGCUCCGCUGUCUACGCUACGUCCAUCCCGCUAGAUGCUACCUUCAAAGACAUCGAAACAAUCUUCUCGAAAUACGGCCUCAUCGCUGAGAGCGCGGAUACCGAGCAGAAGAGGAUCAAGAUGUACACCGACGAAAACGGCAAAUUCAAGGGAGAAGCCCUGAUCAUCUACUAUCGCCCUGAAUCCGUGCAGCUGGCCAUCGACAUGCUAGACGAUACGCCUUUUAACUACAAGCAAGGCCCCAACGGCAACAUGAGGGUUCAAGUUGCAGAUGCCUCCUUCAAGAAACAGAAGGAGGGUGACGGAAAUGGCAACCAGCCCAAGCAAGCCAAGAGAUACCAACCGGACAAGCAGAAGCUCGAGGCGAAAAAGAAGGAAAUGCAGCAGAAACUGACGGACUGGGGCGACGAAGAAGGCUAUGAGCUUGCCAACGCUGACAAUGCUGGCUCGCGCUGGGAGAGGACUGUUGUGCUGAAGCACAUGUUCACACUCCACGAACUCGAGGAGGAUCCAAAUGCCGAAGAGGACAUCCAGGCCGAUAUCAUGGAGGAAGCCGAGAAGUUUGGCGAAGUCGAGAAAGUUUUCGUGUUCAACGAGGAGCCUGCGGGCGUCGCGAGCGUCAAGUUCGCCGAUCAAGCCGCAGCAAAGAACUGCGCGAAGGCCUUCAAUGGUCGCAUGUUCGACAAGCGUACCGUCCUGGCGUACAUUGCUGACGGCAAGGAGCUCUUCAAGAGGACCAAGAAAGACACCGAGGCGAAAGAACAGGCCCGUUUGGAGCAGUUCGGCAGGGAUCUUCAGGCCGGAGCCUUGGUCAAGAACGUGGAUGGCGCCGGGGAGAAGAACGGCGAAGAAUAG